AUGAAGGGAAAUAAAGAAGGUGAAGAGCAAAGAAGAAGGAAGACAAGCAACUGUGCUGAUUCAAAAUGGUGGGCCAGGACAAGGAGAAAAUCCAACCACACUUCCACUCGACUGUUCGAGGCUCCAAAGACACUGACUGUGAUUGUCCAAAAUCCUGCUUCUAAAAGCAUGGCUGACCUUCUUUCGAAUAUGACUGUUCCCUCUUGGAUUAAGACAGGUGGUGUCUACGUGGGGGGACUCUUGUUGGCUCCUCUGGUUCUCCUGAUCAUAACACAGUCCAUAGGUAUCAUUAAGGAACUAGUCCCAAUGUUGGUCAGUAUCAUAAAGAACGGGUUUAGGGCUAUCAAGGAGCUGAUCAAGUUAGGUCUAUCUCCCCUAGUCUGGUUGUACACAGAGAUUCUUGAAUUUACAAGGAAUGAAUAG